UUCCAAGACUAAAUAAUAAAUGGAGUAUCGAUAUAAAAUACAAAACGGAUAUAUAGUAUCACAUGACUUUUGGGGAUUUUGAUGUUGACAACUUGAGAAACAUAUAAAUUUUAUAUUUCAAGUAAAAAACAAGUAAACUUCAAAAAUGAGUCUACUGACAGGCUAUUAAAUCCAAGGUCUAGAAUAAAAAUAAACAUAAUUCAAAUAGGAGUAAUCAUUCAAUUAAAACACAAGCACAGAUAGUGAAAAGUUGAGUCCGAUGUCUUCACAAGGGGUACCCGCUGACGGCGGUCAUGCUCAAGCUAUGCGGAACCUACAGAGAGUAAACAACAAGAACAACAUCCAAGAGUUGUAUCUGAGGAGGAGACUGGAAGGCUUCAAUAGAGAGCAAACACACAACAUAUCCCUCAUUGACAAAGACAAAUACGAUCAGUAUGAUUUCCUAAAGCAGAUCAGGAAGUGUGAAUCAGAUUUGACCAUGGAGCAUGUUAAGUACUUUGGGAAGAAAAGUAGAAAUAAACGACGUGAUUUAAAGACACCGGCUACACCCCAUCCGACACGGCUUCCCCAACAGCCCACUCCAUCUGGUAAUAGAGGCGCUACAAAUCAAGACAAACUCGAAGACAAUCGAGGCCAUAAUAAAGAUCUUCCAGAAAUAAUGCUCAGAAACGAUAGAAGGUUUUUAUCUACAGCACCUGCUAAUCAUAACAGAAGCGAGAAACCUUCAGAAGAGGCUGAAAAUGAACAUAUAAAUAAAAGGGAUAUCGGAACGGCGCCUGGAAGAACACGGGUCGGCUGGAUGGAACCAGCGUCAGAUGGCCUUGCCAAACUUUCAAUAGAUGAUAAUAAAACCGAGCACAGUAGUUCAAGACAGAAUAAUAUAAAAUCCAACCAAAAUGAUCAUCUUCCUCCUAUCAUUGAACUUGCUGACGUUGGUGAUAUUCCGCCACCCACAAAUUAUACGUCUGCUGGUUUCGGAAACGAGGCUGUAAUGAUGGAAGUUAUGGCAAUGAAAUCACCAAAGAAACGCAAACGCAGGCGACCAUUCGAGGAGAGAUUAAAGUCAUUUUACAAUAAUAUCGAAGAUUUAAAGGUGGUGCAAGCUGAGACUCCGCCGAUAUGGCAGCAGAAACGCCAAUGGAAACUGCUGACCCAAGGAAUAAAAGCUGCUCUCCAGGACUCAAGUGAUGACGACUGCGAUGAAGUAUGAAAUGCACAUCCACCUAGAUUAACUAAUUUGGAUUAUUGCAUUAAAAUACAUACUUUAAUUGGCAUUAUAUGCAUUUUUGCUAUUGACAAUUCCGCUGAAAUCAUUAUUUCUGGUCUUGAAUUUAAUUGAUAUUAUUUCUCCAAAAGAACAAUUUUAAGUGGCUAAUUCUAUUUGAUGAUAUGACUGACACCUUUGAUGACGAUUUAGAACGUACUUCUACAGUACAUAAAAACAUAAGCUAGUUGAUAAGCUGACAUCAUCAGCUCCACAAAUACCAUUAUAUUAAAAAACUUUGAAUUGACCACUUAUACUCAAAACAAAACAAAAAAAUAUUGACGAUUGCACAUUAACAUGUAAUUAUAUACUAUAAAUCCAUUUCCAAUGCCAGUUUAUGUGAUAAUCUAUUCAAAAUAGAUUCUCAACAUUUGUUAACGUCAGUGCAAUAAGCCAUGCACCACUUGCCUUUCAAUUAACGAAGAAUUUAAAUUCUGAAGUUGCACGUUUUGUACAAUACUUGCUGAAUAAAUAAAGUAUACAUCUUAAAUUCAAACGUAUCUCUUUUAAUGAUAAUUAAACCUCUUGUUGUUGCACGAUACAUGUACGUUGUAAAUCCUGUGGCCCAUGCCCCAGUAGACAGCAAAGUAUAGAGGAAUUUCAGACCUUGGACAAGAA